AGGGGCGGGCGGCCCCGGCGGGCGGCUGGGCCCCGGCGCUCCGAGAGCGACUGGGGCGGGCUCGGAGUCGCCUCCCCUCGCCUCGCCCCCUCCCCGAAGUCAUCCAUAUUUAUCAGGCGCCGCGUCCCCCUCCCCUCCCUCUGGUAAUCGGAGCGAAGGAGCGAGGCAGAGCAGACGGCGGACCAGCGCGCGCGCUUCUCCGCGGCAGAGACGGCGGCUCCUCCGGGAGGGGACCCCGGCUGACCCCCAGCGAAGCGGGGCAAGCCGCCCUCCCAGCACCGCGCCCCCCACGCCGCCGCCAUGCCCCCCGGGGGUUGAAUGGGGCGCAGCGAGCGGAGGGCACCCCCAGCCUCCCUGCCCAGGGCUAUGCCAGGGUGGUGGGGGGGCCGGGAGAGCGAGCGCCCCGCGCCCCCCACCUGUAGGGUCCCCAUGAGCUGACCCUCCUCCCGAAUUGCGAGCCCCCCCCGGUGCCGCCCCCUCCCGCGGCCUCGCCAUGGGAUGUAACAUGUGUGUGGUGGAGAAGCCUGAGGAACAAUAUAGGGUCAUGCUGCAGGUAAGGGGGACCUCGCGGGGGGGGAGAGAAAGGGGGCGGGAAAGGAGAAGAGUUGGGGGUGGGGGGUGACCGGCGGGAAGCCCUUCGGGGAGGGGAAUGGGGUAGCUUGCAUAUGGGGUAGGGCGGGGGCGGUAAGGGGGCGCGUUUGUGGUAGUUGUGGGGAUAAAAAGGGGGCUGAGGCUCCGGGGGGUUGUCUGGGGACAAGGAAGGCUGGGCAAGGCUGGCGAGAGUUUCCAGGGGUUCCUGGAUGGGGGGGUUCGGUGGGGCGGGGUGGGGUGACUAUCCUGGACGUGAGAAAGAGCCCUUUGAACGUAAGGGAGGAGAAGGGGUGGGGAAUGAGGGGAGGGGGCACUGGGGAAAGAGAAGGCGGCCUGGAAUUAUUGGAGGGGGGGCACAUCAGGGGAGGAAUCCCUGAUUUUCUGGGGAGGCGGUUCUGUGGCAUUGGAGGGGGGGUGAUGCUGCAGUGGGGGAGGGGAGCAGGUAGGGGGAGGUUGCCUAGCAACUGGUCCUUCUCCAACUCCCCCCCCCCCAUUUCCCCAUGCCACACAGUGCCUGAAAUAAUGGGGAGGGGGCUUCUGUGAAAGAGAAGAAAGAGGAAUUGGGAGGAAUGGCAAAGGGCCGCUGAGGUGGAAGCAAAGGAUGGGGAAGGGUCUGAGAGGGAAUGGGACAGACUCACAUGAAGCAGGCAUUCAUUCACCACCAGCCCCAGCCCCCCCCCAUCCAUCCAUCCAUUCAUCUCCACUCACUUUCCAUCCCUCAGUCCUUGUAUGGUUCUGCAUCUGCUUAACCCGCCUGCCCUUUCUCUGCCUGUUCAGGUAUCUAUUUUCAGACUCUCUCCCUUCUUUUUGUCUGCGUCAGCCCGUGUUCAUUCAUAUCUUUCUUUUCUGCUCACUCUCUCCCCCACCUCCCCUCUCUACCCAUUUAUAUAUUCCAUGCAUCCUGGUCUCCCCCUCCCCUCCCCAGAUUACAGGUACAAAGGCACCUUCCCACAUCCCCAACUUGGUCCUGUCAGAUCUGUUGGUUGAGGCUCUGGAACUCAGGACAACAGAGGAAGCCUUGAGGUAGAAUGAAGGUGGUGUGUCUAGGCUCAGGAGUAGCCAACAUGGUGCCCCCCAGAUGCAAUCUCUCUCCCCCCCCUCUUUCUGUGUGCGUGGACAUCAGUAUAUUUGCCAGUGUGCAUUGUACUGGCUAUUGGAUAUAACUGUAGGUUUACAUGUUCUUGUUUGCACAGUAAAGAGACAGUAUAUUUUCUUUUUGUCUUGCUUUUUAAAUCUCUUCCCUUGGCGUUUAUUCAUAGACAGGCAGUGUACAAGUGGCAAAUAAGCCUGCCAUGUGUAGUGAGAGAAAUGACCCCAAAGUUAUGGUUUAUGCUGUAUAGGUGCUCAUAACAUCUUCGCCUACUAUCCUGACACCCCUCCUACUUAUAUAUAUAGGCAAUGCCAUGUAUAUCUGCAUCUUCAGUAAUACAUAUAUUUACAUACACAGAGAAAGCAUUCAUGUUUGGGUCUUCUAGACAACGGCGUAAUAUUGUAAAUGAGUCUUUCAGAUAUUGCAAAUGGGUUGUUGGGAACAGGUUGAUUUUUUUAAAGUACCAGAUUUCUGGACCAAAGUGGGGAGGGAAUUACCAGCUGGCAUUUUGAUGACAAAGACAUCGUGGAGACAUUGUGGAGAAAAUGCAUGCACGAGGAGCCCCCAUCCCACAUUAAACAUCCAUCUCUGGAAGCACCCAUCCUUUCCUUUGGGCUGUUACUUGAACAUUGCAACCAGUAAUCUAGCAAAGAGGAUCCUGUUGUGUUGUCUAAGAAAAAUGGGAGGUGACUGCUUUAACUGUGUUUGCCUUCAAAGUUUCCUCUUCUUUUGAGCCAUGUCAAAUAAGUGCCUUCUUUUUGCCCUGGCAGUCUUUGUAUUUAGUCUACCUGUGUGCAAGGUCUACUUUGAAGGGAUGUGUGUGUUCUUUCAUAAUUCCAGUUCAGUUUUUAAUAGUGGGAACCAGAUUUCCUUCCAAUAGGGAAGGUCAGAUUAGCUAAUGGUCUCAUUAUAAUAUUUUAAAGCAGGGAUGAGGAACCUGUGGCCCUCCAGAUGUUGCUGGACAACAUCUUCUGUAAUCCCUGAUCCCUGGGCAUCCUGGCUGGGGCUGAUGGAAGACUGACAAUAUCUGGAGGACCAAAGGUUCCACUCCUCUGUUUUACAGAGAAGGGCCAAUAUUGUUAUGAACUAAGCUUCUGGUUCCAAAACGUACUUAUUAUCAGACUGAGAUAACCGGAAGUCAUUCCUUUCUUUGUCUCUUUAUAACAAAACUAACUGAGUGUGCAUCACUAUGUAAGAGGAAUGGGGAGAGGCUGAGCCUUGUCACAUGAGAGGUGCACAGGGGUUCUUGCUGUUUCCCACCCCAUCUAACUUCAUCAGAAGCCCUGUCUUUCAGGCUGAGUUUCCAACAAGUGGAGGGGAAAGACCUGGAGAACUGAGGCUUCUUCUCCACCUCUGCUUUGCAUUGCCUCAUCUCUUGGUCACUUUGGAGAAUGGCCAGGGGCCAUUUAUUUACCUACCUGUCCUGCCCUUUAUCACAAGUGAUUCCAAUACUAGCUACAAUAAUCUCUCUGUGUGUAUAUAUAUUUGUCCAGUUUAAAUGGUUUUGAGUUUUCUUUGGUGGUAUGCAUGCUAAUUCUUCCAAGCUAAGCUGUAAGCAUAGUUAUUAAAAUUUAUCAAUAGCAGUUAAAGAUUCAUUUUGGAAAUGAGGCUCUAGAUUAAAAUUUCUGCCAUCAGGAACCUUUUCAGAAAACCUUUGCUGAUUCAUAUUCUUAUGGCUUCAUUUACUAGAGUUUGCUUACAUAUUCAGUCUAGUGCACAGGAAAUCAAGGAAGCUCAAAAGUAGAAAUGCAUUGACUAGACAGAUUUUUGCUUAUUUAGACAAGCAAAUUUUAGAAAGUUGAAAGAUUUUGGGGGGGUUGCUCCUGGCUGUGACAAAUGUGGGUGAUCAGAAAUAAUAAAUAACAAGUUUCAUGGAGAGCCAAGUAAUAAGUUCUGAAAUACAAUAUUAGCGUUAAAUUGUGAAUUAAUAAUGGCUGGUUUUUAAGGGUUGCUUCACGCAUUCUUGUUUUAAUGAAGACACUUUACCUAUAGUAGCAUAUGCCAUAGUUAAUGGGUCAAUUUCUCGCAGAAACUUAAUUUAUCACUUAUAGAUGAAACUUCCAAAGAUCACCAACUAAUGUGUCCAAGGAUAUGUCCAAGAACUUCAUUGUGAAAUAUUCUUACGAUUAUGAGGAAUUUCUAAUGUCAAGUGACAUUUGCCAGUUUUUAUAACUUUCCAUACUGUGUAUGAGUAGACCAUUCGUAAAUGCUUUACAACUCUAUCUUUGCCUUGUGAGGGAAGUGGUUGUUGUUCCUGUUUGACAAAUGAGGGACAAAGGCUGUAGGAUCGUGAGUAACUUACUCAUGGCAAAGACAGAUCUGGAACACAGGUUUUCCAGGUUCACCCUGGGCUCUGACAGCAGGCAAGAUGCUUCUUACACUUUGGAGUCCUGGGAUUUGGGAAUUGUUCCUGUCAAGUUCACAGGUCAUUUGUUCUCAAAGUGCUAAGAGUGAUCUGUGGGGCCAUUGUGAAGGGGUGUGUUUUGAGACCCUCUCUGCCUGGGUUGAUUCCACAGUGCCUGUUCACCACCUGCUAACAGCAGCAUCAAGUGUAAGACUUCACAUGCAUGUCUGAGCAAUCACAAACCAAGUAUCGCAGCCAUGGAGCUUUCAUAGCACCUUGUACACACGGCUUUUUCAGUGGAGCCAAUUCACGUAGUUGUCUGAGUCACGAAACAUUGAGUAAUCAAGUGGCGAGCCGCCAAUGGACAUACAAACAGGAGAACUGACUUCUGGUUUCCAUCCGCAUUCCAGGGGUUGAUGAAAUAGAAUUGUGAUCUUCUCAUGCUCCUCCCAAUCAAUACGGGACAUCACAGGAGAACCUGUGGCCUGCCAGGUGUUGUUGGACUCCUAUCAGCCCAAGACAACAUGACCCAUGGCCAGAGAUUAUGGGAGUUGUAAUCUAACAACAUCUGGAAGGCUGCUGGUUAGUUAAUUCUGAUCUUAUUGAUACUCCCUAGUUAUAACCAGUGCUUUUUUUCAGUGCUUUUUUCAGGGGGUUCUCAAGGUUACCGGCAUCUCUUGUUGUUGUUGUUGUUGCUGUUGUUGUUAAAAGUGUGGCACUUACUGUAACAACUGCACGGUCAGUACUGGCACCUAUUUUUUCUAGGAAAAAAGCACUGGUUAUAACAGACACGGGGGUGGGAGUGGGCUGUGGAUCCAUAUUUCUCAUUGGUUGAUGGUGGCUACCUACUGGCCAGCAGGGCUACCCUGUUUUAUCUACUUUUGCUCUAUGUCACCUUCCUUGUGCAUCUUUAAAGCACACAAUAUGAUUUUCUUGUGCUUCUUACCCUCAGAUCCGGGAUGUGUGAGCUUCAGUAGCUUACUUAACUUGGGAGUUUAUAGCCACAAGAUGAUGGCCAGCACUGGAUUUGGGGUGGUACCAGUGGUUCUGCCGCACAGGAUGCUGAACUGAGAGGGUUAAUAAUAAUAAUAAUAAUAAUAAUAAUAUCAAUAUCAAAAUCAUACGGGUACCUACUGAGAAGAUCCAUAAAAAGCAACUGUACCAAAAGGAAUUAUUGUGAAAAUAACAAAUUUUGUACACAUUUUGGCCUCACUUGGGGCACCAUGUUACCAAAGUCUACCCCUGAUGGCUUUUUAAAAAGGAGGCUUUAAAAACAGGUUAUUAGAAGAGAGGCCUAGCAAAUGGUUAUUAGCUAUGAUAGCGAAAUGUUCAGUCAGUAUAUUUUUGAAUGCCAGGAAUCAAUGAGCGAUGUUGCUUUCACACUCUGCUUUUGAGUUUCUCGGAGGCAUUAGCUUAGCUCCAUUUGAAGACUCAGAUAAGCCUCCUGUCACCAUUCUGACUUCAGGAGACUCACUAGGACAACUUUUGUCUAGUAUGAUGGUUGUCUGUCUCUGGUAAAGGAAUUUUUGCAAAUACAAGGCUGACUGGUGAUGUAUUUUCCACAAAGGGCAUACAUAUUGGUACUUGUGGCUUAAGAGUGUCAUGGUCUGAGUAGAGGAUUUAACUGCUUUAUUGAGGAUGUCACAGAGAACUUCUCUGAAGUUGUGGCAUAAAGAGAUGUGAUAGAGAAAUGCCUGGUGCAUGGGUUCUCUGAGAAACUCAGUUGGAUGAACACCUCAUACAAAAAGACCAAAGACAACAAUGAAAUCACAUGCAAACUAGGUUAGACACAAAAGACCAAGCACACCUGUAGAAAUGCACGUAAAGCAGGUGAGAUAUAAACCUAGUGACAUAAAUACAGUAUAUGCCCUGUCUAAUUAUGAAUAGUUACAUAAUCAGUGCCAGACACAAAGAGAAAUGGACAAAACAGGGCAUAGCUCCUUUUAUCAGAAGUCGAUGGGAUGAAAAUAGAACCAUAAAAGUGUGUAAACACUGUUCCUCUUGCAAUAUUGGCUAAACUCUUCUGUGUCUCUGUGUGUGUACACAUACACACAUUGCUCACACCAAAUAAUUACUUUUCCAGACAGUUCCUUUGCAGACACUUUCUGUAUGGACACCCACACACCAAGACCAGACAAAAACAGAGAUCUAAAUAUAACACACAAACACACACCCCAAUAGUAGUUACACAUGCAAACAAUGCCAUAUGUUCACAAAGUCACAACUGCUAUGAUUCCUGAGAUUUCAUAGGUGCUACUCACAUACAGGGUUACAUUUCUACACUCCAGACCCAACCACAUUUCACACAAAAAUAAUUAAACGCCUUUUCACCACCACCCCUCGCUUGCACGCUCUCUGCUGCAGUGGGACAAGGCUGCGCAUUCUAACGCUGGUCACUAGCCAGAGAUUCUUGCAGAAAGGGGAAUGGGGGAGCUUUUGGUCAGAGCUAGGAGGAAUCAUAAAAUAUAAGAAGCGCCCAAGGCUUCAGAGAAUACAUUAGAGAGAAGGCUCUCCAGGAGGCUUAUAGAGUCGGGAUCUGAAGGGAGGGGGAGAGGCGGGGAGAGUUGCUGGAAAGGCAGUUUGGGAAAGAUGAAGAAGAAAAGAAACACACAAAGGGAAGCUGUGGGAACCAUCUGCUGAAGGCCUGAGGCUGGAUCUCAUUCCAGACCUGCCUGCAGGAAUGUGAUUAGCAUUUGUUAUAAAUUCCUGCAGGGUCUUCCUGAGGCAGAGAACAUCUUCCUCAUUCCCACCCACAGCCCCUCCCCAAACCACCAGUUUGGGGUCUUCGUUUCAAGCUUUAAAACAUGCAGCCUCAUUUCUCUACCUUAUAGCCCUUUGGAUUCCUCAUCAUCAGUUUACUGCUCCCGCCCCCCCUUCUCAGUUAUUUUCCACUCCGGCCCACAGCUCUCCCUCUCCAGUUCUGGGGGAUGACCCUCCAUUUGAAGAGGCAAUCCAUCUGCUGUCCUGGUGGCUCCCCCCACCCCAUAUUUCAUAGUGGAAGAGGAAAUGGGAAUUAAUGAUACCCUUGACUUUGAGGAGAGGGAGUGGGGAGGAGAUUUGCUCGGCUUUUGAUCCCCUUUCCCCAUAUUUUCCUUCUCCCCAGCUGCAGAUGCCUGUAUCAAUCACUCUAGUUUCCAUGGCAACUGCAGCUGCAGUGAUGGAGAAAGAGAGGGAGACGCACACAAGACUGUGCAGCAAAAGGCAACGCAAUACACAGAACUGCUCUGCACAUUGUAUGAGGGCACACACUGUACAAUGACGCACCUACAGAUGCAUCAGCCCAUGACGCAUAAUGAAGUGGUUCUUGUGUAGGUUCCCACAAUAACUACAGUCUGUUGAGUUACGUGUUGAGUUACGUGCAUGAGAGAGCAUUGUGCAUACAGGAAACGGGGCGUGUUGUCAUGGACCUUUGGCGAGACAAAAUGGACCACAAACUGCCAGGGUUUGUAUUAGGUAAGGGUUUGACAGCCAGUAUCAGAUACUACCUAGUCCGGGGACAACCUGAAUGACUAUAUUUCCCCUUCAGGUUCCCAUCUGGAAAAGAGGAGUGAUAAAAUGGAGAUUAAAUAGAUGUUUGAAUGAGGGGUAGUGGAACAUUUCAUGAUCUUUACGUACUUGUACUUGAGAGCAUCAGGGAUGUCUUGGGUAUUUGCUUGUACUGAGGCAAAUCACACAACUGUACAAGGGUGGUUUUUUUCUUCGGGUCUUUAAUUAUGUAUCAGAAAUUCAGCAGGUGAAAUAUUUCCUAAGCUUUAGACAGAAAUGUUCAGAAAUGAUACACUGACUGAAUUUCCUCUUAUCUUGCUGCUGUUAAGAACUUAGGCACAAUUCCAGAAAUUUAAAAAGCUGGGAAGUAUAUCUAAAAGCAUAGGUGAUCCACUGUGCCAUAGCCUUAGGGCUGCUCAUGCUAUUGCCACAAUUAUUCUAUGAGCUGAAGUACUUGGGCUUAGCUACAUAAUCAGCUAACCUGGGAUAGCAACCCUCUACUUUGUUUUGGCCUCUAACUUGCUUCUAUAAUUGGGGGCAAAUCAGCAACUGAAGUGAGGUUAAAGGCAAGGAUCAAGUCAAGAGCUCUGGAAUCUCUUCCACCAGACAUGCAAAUGCUGAACAGAGUAUAGAGUUCUCCGCAGACAAAAUUUAACUGAGUGGUCCAAGAUAGCAGGGAUUCAAGUCCAAAAUGCACCCUGGCAUUCUUUGUCUAUGUGUAAACAGAGACUUCUGCCUCAGGGGAUAAUGAUAACCCUGUGACAACCUUUGAAGCAAUCUCUGAAUGUGUAAGCAAGUCCCUUAUCUUAUUUUACUGCCACUGCUGUAAUGGCUUUUUUACAUGAUCAGUUAUCCUGUGACAACAUCCCCUGAAACAGACUCCAAUUUGUUUACAUGCUCAUGAGGCUGACAGUCAGUAACCCCUGGCAAGAUUGGGGCCCGUUGCCUCAUCGCAUGUCCUGGAACAAAGCAUUUGUGUAAACCAGCAGUUUCAGCCUUCAAAAAGGCCCUCCCUGUGCACACACCUAUCCUAUAGGGUGGACAGAUGACAGGGAACACAGAGUUCCUCCUGCUGCACCUUUAAUAGAUGUGCAGAAGAGGGAAAUUUAGCAGGUAUGACUUCCAUCUUCCAUUUUGUAUAAAGGUGCAGGAUCAUUCUUCUCCUCUCUUCCAUCUGGCCACCCUAGGUGAUGGAGCCCUGAGGUCAUGGAGCAGAGCAGGGGUAGCCAACAUGGUGCCCUCCAGAUACUGUUGGACUGCACCCUCCCACAAUCUCUGGCCAUGCUGGCGGAGGGGGAUGGCAGUUUGGAGCACAUCAGCAUCUGGAGGGCACCACAUUGGCAAUCCCUGGUGUAGAGACUGUAUCAUUUCAAACUGUGUGUGUGUGUGUUGGGGGGGGUCCUUUUUUCCAUAUUCCCUCCACUGGGGGGUGGAAUCCUUCCCACCCUCUCGCUUAUCCCCUGCAGCACAUCAGGGAGAAGAAUUGCGUCCCAGUCUGCUCCUGCCUCGAUUAGUUUUCUAUUUGUAGGGAAUUUCUUAGAGGGGAGUCUUUGAAAUUUUGGUGUGCCGCCCCCCGCUGUGCUUGAAAUCAUUUACAUUGGUACAAGUCAUUCUCCCACUUCAGGAUUUUGCUACCUUAUUCUUACUUUGUACAAAUUGGCCAGGCCUCAGAUGGCUUGAAACAAAUUCAUGGAGGAUAGAUUGAUUUAUCUGCAAAGAUUUAUAGACCGUCUAAUCCUAAAACUCUGUAAAUGGUGUACACAAGUGGUGUAUCAGUGAUUGUCCACUGUGAUUGCUAAACAGAAGCUCCAUGAAAGAGCCACACCAGUGGUACAAAUCUCAGGUUCAGUCCCUGCAAAUAGGGCUGGGAAUGGCCCUGGAGAGACGCUUCCUGUCAGUGCAGACAAUACUGACUGGUCUGACUUGGUAUUGGGCAGCUUCCUAUGUUUCUGUCCAUCUGAAUACCAGUUGUUGGUAAACAAAGGAGCAGGUUUCCCCCAAGAUGGCCUGCUGUUCGGCUCCAGCUAGGCUUCCAGCCAGAUUUUGUGGCAGAAUUUCCUUGCCAUUUUUUUAUCUCAGCACUUGGCUCUUGGUCCUUACUAGAUUUUAGGCCUGGUUUGGUACCAGAAUAGAAAAACGGGUACCUUUAAAUGGCCCAAAGUGUUCAGGGAGGAGGUGUGGCAGGACAAAAUAUUUAAUUCCUUAGGUGGGUAAACUCAUACUGAGUAAGCAAGUGUCACUCCUGUUACAACAAUCUUGAGGUUGCUUUUGCUGCCACAGACUUACAGGUAGGUAGUGUUAGAAACUCAGAUAUAUGAGCCAACCGCCAAAUGGCACGUUAAUCAAAGGUUAGGGUUGCCACAAUAGAAUGUUUAGGCGCCAUCUUUUUUUACAAUGAAAUUUAUUAUUAUUAUUACUAUUCAUUUUGUUUAUAUACACCUUUAUAUUUUAAAGAGAAAAAUAUCAAAGUGCUUUACAACAAAUUAAAAUAUCAAAUAAAGCAAUCCAGAAGAAAACAAAUUUAAGCUUCAAGGAAGAUAUUUCAGAUCCUUCUCUAAGAGACAUUUUGCUUUCCCCAUAUUUAUUUACCUACCUAAUUUAUAUAGCUGCCCCAUAGCAGAAAUACCCUAGGAAGCCAGUUUAGAUUAGUGGUUAGAGUGUCAGACCAGGACCUGGGAGAUCAGGGUUCAAAUCCCCAGUCAGUCAUGAAGCUCACUGGGUGACCUUGGGACAAAUCACAGCCUCUGAACCUUCCUCACAGGGUCGUUGUAGGGAUUAACCAAGGUGGGGGUGAACCAUGUACUCCUUGGAGAAAAAAGGUCAGAUAUAAAUGCAAUAAAUAUUCUCUUCCGCUUACCUGCUUAAGAAAGCUGGAGAGGCCAGUCAGGUGGAGAUGUCAGAUCUCCACAUGGUCACAGUUGGACCUCUGCCAGUAGCAAAACACACCUGGUGCCUGGGGGAUUUCUGACACCGCUUACAGGGCUAUCCCUCUGGAACCCCUGAGGUUAGAGUUGACAGAGGAACUUUACCAGAAGAGAAGUUGGCAGUCCUAGACAUGAGUAGUAGGUGUGUCAUAUUUUCUGGAAGCACCCUGUGCCCUUAACAGCUGCAUGGUAGACAACAAGUAUUCAAGUUUAAAUCUGGCCAUUGUCUGGCAUGAGAAGAGUGUGGCUUGGAUCACUGAAUGAGACAUUCAGUAGGCAAACAAAAUAGUUGUCGUUGUUUUAAGUAUAGGAUUUGGAGUGUGCAAUUUGUAUCACAGGGAAUAGAGGUACGUUGAUGGAGUUCUAAUUGAACCCUUUCCCUGCAAGAUUUUUAUGUGCAAAAAAUUGUGUUUAUUUAUUUUGCCAAAAAAGUAUUCACUCAGAUGAGUCCCCAGCUGCGGUCGUAAGUGGUUGUGGUAUCUCACACAGAUUUUCCAUUUCAGUGAGAACUAGGCCUACCUCAGAGGGUUGUGGUAUCAGGACAAAAUGAAAUAGCUUUCUAUAAGCUGCACUGAGCUUCUCUGUGGAAGAGUUGACAGAGAAAUAUGUGACUUAAGAUCAGUGCACCUGUCAACUAGGAUGCCACUGAUUCAUAAUAUCCCUGGGGUGCCCUUGUUUUUGUUGGUUCUCUCCAGAAUGAUUGGAAACUCCCAAUAAGGAGUUCAUUCAUUUCGUGUGUGUCUUUGCUGGUAAUCAGUCCUUAUGCCAGCAGUCAGCCAGGUUGGCCACUGGCUCUCAUCCCUGGUGGCUGUCCACCAUUUAAGUACGGUAACCUGAAAUGUAAUGCCUAUAGAUCUGUCGUCCAGGUAGGACUAUACAGUACCUGCCCUGACUGGUAGUGGACAUUCCAGUACUAUGCCAAGGGUCCCUCAAAGUCUGGUACUAGCCCUGAUAGUAAUUAUGCAUAGGAAACAAAAUCCUGAUAGACAACCAAAGUAUAUUUUACGUGAAUGAGAGGUCACUGGUCACCAAUGGCUUCAAGUUACAAGAAAGGAGAUUCCGACUAAACACCAGCAGUUUGGCAGUGAAGCAGACUCCCUCAGGAGGUUGUGGACUCUCCUCCAUUGGAGAUUUUAAAGCAGAGGUUGGGUGGCCAUCUGUCAGGGAUGCUUUGGCUGAGAUUCCUGCAUUGCAGGGGGUUGGACUAGAUGACCCUCAGGGUCCCUUCCAGCUCCAUGAUUCUAUGAAAUGGGGGUGUGUGUCUCAAACUGCAUGAUCUCCCUCUCUCUCUGUGUGUGUAUGUGUGUGCGUGCGUGUGUGUGUGUGUGAGAGAGAGAGAGAGAGAGAGAGUUUUCAAGCACACCUGGUGCACUGCACUACUUUGUAACGCUCAGUUUGAAAACUGACAUUGUAUUGUAGAAUAAUAAGGAGUUAUAAAGGCCACAAGGCAUUUCUCUUUUAUCCUUAUAUUUAAAAUAAUUAAAGUACUUGUUGCUAGAAUCUCUUUAUCACAGCAUGUUUGCAGUAAGCCCCUUGACAUUCUACUUGUUUUAUCCCACUAGCUGAAUGGCUGGACCACCAAUAAUUUGCCAUGUUGAAAGGUGGCAACGCUAUUGUCAGCUGGGAGAAGGGAACUCAUGUUUGUGCCAGUCUUACCAUUAGAAUGAAGCAGGUGCCCCAGGCAACAGAAGUUUGGGUAUAUAUGCAGGGCAGCAAUAUCAGGUGGACCUGCCAUUCUCUUCUGUCGGAGGAUGGAGCUGUGUGUGAGCGCCAGCCACGUAGCCUGUCCUUCACCCCCUCAGUUAUAUGCAGCAGAGGAUGCCCUCCUGUUUCCACUUUUGAAGCAGGUUUCCACUGUUGGCUUCUGUGGAUUGAAUGGGGAUGUGCUCCCUGGUCUUCAAGCAGCAAAAUGUCUUGGGCAAACCUGGUCUGCAUGGGUGUGUGAAAGAUUGAAACUGCGUAGAAGGAGGAGGAGAAUCAGCUCUAAGCAAGCAUUGCCAGGAUGGGAUGUGGGGAGAUGUGGAGAUCUUCCCUGCAGGAGGGAUUGUUUGUUACAGUGUGGUCAGCUGUGGAGGAGUGAGCUGCAGGUUACACAUGGCAGAUAGGAUGGUGCAGGUACUUUUUGAAUGCUCAGAUUUCUUGAAGAAAAGGCAGUCAGUGAGCCAAAACCUUGAGCAGAUGCAGAACCCAACAUGAGUGCAUCUCUUACACGUCCCUCAGGAGGGAAGGGAACCACUCCAGGAGUAAUGUUAUCUGAGGGGGCGGGUUGGAGUUCUCAGUGGACUGGUGAAAAGAAGCACCAGACUUUGGACCUACAAGGCUCUAUUGAUUGGUCUGUCUGUCUGUCUGUCUGUCUGUCUGUCUGUUUCCUCCUUUCCUCUAUAGGUCAAUGGUCGGGAGUUGUCCCGUCUCUCACAGGAGCAAACCCUUGAAGCCCUGCGGUGCUCCAAAGAGCCUCUGGUCAUCCAGGUGUUGCGGCGCAGCCCCCGCAGCCGGGGUGGUGCCAGUGAAGGAGCUGUCCCCCAGGGGGACCCCACAACAUUGGUGGACAGUGGAACUCAGACAGACAUCACCUUUGAACACCUACUGGGGCUAGGCAGGAUGCACCCCCCGAGCCCCCCAGCUGUGACUUUGGAACCUUAUGGGCUGCCUGAUCUGUGAGUGCUCCCCCAAGCAAAACCUUCCCCAUUGCAUUCGCUCUCCAUGCCCUUCAAUCAGUUAUAGCCCCAUGGUCCCUUCCUACUACUCUGUUCUUUUAGAGUUGCCAGUUUUUAAACUAGUCUCUUUAGUUGUGUAUUUUUAAGCAGCUCAAUAUGCAGACCUUAGCAGCACUGAGAUAAACUCAGCUCUGUCCUCUCCUCCAUGUUUUUCAACAUCUAUAUGAAGCUGCUGGAAGAGAUCAUCAGGGGGUUUGGGCCAGGUGUUCACCAGUAUGUGGAUGACACCCAGCUCUACCUAACUUUUAAAUUGGAACCAGUGAAAGCAGCGAAUGUCCUGUAUGAGUGUUUGGAGGCAGUUGAACGAUGGAUGGCGGCUAACAGAUUGAGGUUGAAUCCUGACAAACAGAAGUACUGUUUUUGGGGGACUGGGGUGGGCAGGUGUGGAGGACUCCCUGGUCCUGAAUGGGGUAACUGUGCCCCUGAAAGACCAGGUGCGCAGCCUGGGAGUCAUUUUGGACUCACAGCUGUCCAGGGAGGCGCAGGUUCAUUCUGUGUCCAGGGCAGCUACUUACCAGCUCCAUCUGGUACACAGGCUGAGACCCUACCUGCCCACAGACCCUCUUGACAGAGUGGUACAUGCCCUGGUUCUUCCCCACUUGGACUACAGCAAUACGUUCUACAUGGGGCUAUCUUUCAAGGUGACUCAGAAACUGCAAUGCAGAAUGCAGCAGCAAGACUGGUGACUGGAAGUGGCCACCGGGACCAUAUAACACUAGUCCUAAAGGAUCUUCACUGGCUCCCAGUACGUUACCGAGCACAAUUCAAAGUGUUGGUGCUGACCUUUAAAGCCCUAAAUGGCCUUGGCCCUGUAUACCUGAAGGAGCAUCUCCACCCCCAUAGUUCAGCCUGGACACUGAAGUCCUCCUCCGAGGGUCUUCUACUAGUUCCCUCACUGCAAGAAGUGAAGUUACAGCAAACCAGUCAUAAGGCCUUCUUAAGAGUGGUGCCCUCCCUGUGGAACGCCCUCCCUUCAGAUGUCAAAGAGAUACAUAACUUUUAGAAGACUUCUGAAGGUAGCCCUGUAUUGGGAAGUUUUUAAUGUUUGAUAUUUUACUAUGUUUUAUAUAUGCUGUAAGCAGCCUAGAGUGCCUGGGAAAACCCAGCCAGAUGGUGGCGUAUUAACAACAACAACAACAACACCGGAACGCCUAUAAAUGUCUUCACAAGAGCAGGCCAGUCCAUUUUCCUUAUCAGGGGGCAACCCUGUUCACUCUCAUAUGAUGAGCCCAUUUUCCCAGCAUCUGGGCUGUGGAGCCAUCACAGCUGCUCUUGGCUUCUUGAGUUCACUUUUCCUAUAUUAUGCCACCUGGCUAAAAAGCACAUGCAUGUACAAAUGAAAUUCCCUCACCCCUGAGUUAUCCACGGCCACCAAACCUCAUGUUUCAAGGUCCCAGGAUCAAGUUUUCACAUUAGUUUGCAUGUGCUGAAUGUUCAUGUGCAGACAUUGCUCUGGGAGUUUUCUAAGCGUAACGGUGGUCCUGAGUGGCAAAUGGAUGCUUCACCUAACUGCUUUAUGCCUUUCCUUCUUCACAGCCCCUCAAUUGGGCAUGAAUAUUAUGACCCUGUGGAAUUCAUGGAAGGAGGUGCCCCAGAGACUGAGCGGGCAGAGGAGCUGGAAUAUGAGGUGAGAAUGUGAUGAAGCUGAAAGAGGCAGUCUCUGGGUUUAUAUCCACAGAUCAGGAAGCAGUGCCUGGCCCCCUGCCAGUUAGGCAGAGUGAGGCAAACCAUGUCAAGUGGCCCAUUCUGGGUACCAUUAAAUGGCAACACAUUGCUCAGUUAUUUAAUGUGGUGCUGUGUUUAUACAAGACAUUCAGUCUCAGGCUGGCUGCACAGAGCUGCAAGGUUGGGCAUUGGCAAGGAUGCCAAAGCUGGCAAAGAGCCUGCCACCCUAGAGACUGCCAUUCUCAACUUUGCAUAGAACUUUGCAUACAUAGAAGAAGUUUUAGCUGGCAAAUCUCACCCCAAAGUUGCCUUGCGCAAGGGUCCCCCAAAUCCCAGAGCAGGUAUUUUCCACAACAUAUAGCCUUCCAUUGAGGAGACUGGUAGCACUAUGGAAAACACUGGGGUGGCCUGUGCUCUGCUUGUUUGCUUCUCAGUGCUUCAUAUCUCCAGUGAGCCCUGUUUCACCCCUCUUAGGUCGCUUCCAUUUAAUAACCGCUUGCUGCGAGUUCAGUCCUAUGUUGUCGAGAGGCAGCUUGGAGUGAGGAAAGAACUGAAGUGUGGUCUCCUGAGUGCCACCAGGAUUGCAACCAAAAGGGGACCAGUGACAAACAACAGGGCCUUCAGAAUCUGAAAAUUUGUUAAAAGUACAAAGAAGUUUUAAAAAUCAAUUCUAAGGGGGCAAUUCCACAGCCCAAAGAGGACUGUGCAUGCUCAGUAAGCACAAUAAUAACUGGAAAAGAAAAACAGAAUCGGGGAGGAAAUGGAAUGCCCUGCUUGGGGGAAAUGGCUGAUUGGAACCCAGAACAGGAGCACUCCUGCUCUGGAGGAAGAAGACACUGCAACAGUUUGUCACCAGCCCCACUUGUUCUCCUUAUCCUUAAGGGUUUUGCUCAUAUAGGGGCUGCACCCGCACUCUUCCUGGAAUAAGCUUGAUCUAUGAUGGGCAUCAUUCACACAUUCAUUCUUGACAUUAAUGAUGAGCAUGCAGGUGUGAACUGAUCCUAAGGUGGUUACAGAUGGUUCCACUUUGAGCGUCGCUCAACUACCAAGCAGUAUAUAAAUUUAAAUAAUGGUAACAAUGACCCCUGUAGAAGAUCUUGGCACUAUUUACCUUUGACUACAAACCUAGGAAAGGAUGGGAAAGUUAAGUAGGGCCAAUUCAGAGAGACUAAAGGGACAGUUUAGCUAUGAUUUUCUACCGGGGCUGACUGAAUGAAGCAUUAAAAUGUACUUGAGAAGGUCUGUGAAAAUGAACCUUCUUCUCCUGCCUUGGCUCAGGGCUUGCAACCGUGUGUGACUUUGCCUGGUGCUUUCUCUAUCCCACAGGAGGUGGAGCUGUACAAAUCCAGUCACCGGGACAAGCUGGGCCUGAUGGUUUGUUACCGAACUGAUGAUGAGGACGAUGUAGGCAUCUACGUUGGAGAGGUGGGGGAGGGGGCAACUCUUGGUGGGGUGUGAUGUGUGGCCUGGGGAGGCAGAGGCAGGCAAGUGGCGGGAGGAAGCUGCUGUCAAGCUUUAUGAAGCCGUGGAGAGUCAGGAGCUCCAGGUUUCAUUGCUGCUGCAGCAGCAGGAGCAAAAAAUAAGCCUGUAUGAGAGAGAGAGAGAGGGAGGGAGGGAGAUUUCUUUGGGAUUGGGUUAAACCAAGGAUGGGGAACCUUGCUCAUCUCCUGUCUAUUGGCCGUGCUGGCUGGAACUGAUGGGAGUUGGAGUCUGGAGGGCCACAGGUUGAACUCUGUCUCUCCACCUGCUGCAGUCUGGGUGCUGCUCAGGGUCCCCGUGCAUCAGCUUUACAUUUUACCGUAUUUUUCGCUCUAUAAGACGCACCAGACCAUAAGACGCACCUAGUUUUUGGAGGAGGAAAACAAGGGGGAAAAAAUUCUGAAUCCCAGAAGCCAGAACAGCAAGAGGCAUCUGGCUUCUGGGAUAGCCUCUUGCUGUUCUGGCUUCUGGGAUAGCUGCUCACAGCCUCUCCCGGGCAAAGAGCGUGCGGAGCGUGUGUGUGGCUCUUGCGGCCUUUCCCUGAGGAGGGAAAAGAGCAGCCCUUCUCCCUCCUUGGGGAAAAGCCCCCAAGAGCCGCACUCUUUAAAGGGAGCAGUGAGCAGAGCCUCCCGUCUGCAUUCGCUCCAUAAGACACACACACAUUUCCCCUUACUUUUUAGGAGUGGAAAAGUGCGUUCAUACAAUUAGCAUUGCCUCUACUUUGCCCCCAAAGUCAAGUUUCCAGGAGCAUGCUUUUGACUAUAACCAGGAGUGCUACCCUGCCACCACAUAGUAUGAUCUUAAAUUACUACAAACCACUGGCCCUAGUAAGUGUGGUGUUAGCUGCAUAUGCCCAAGGAGCAUUAGGGGCUACUGUGUGAGGAGUAUCCCAGAGGGCAUCUUUGGUACUCUGGGCUCAAAGCACAGUUGGAUUUAUAGCUAUUGUGAAAAGAGUUGGAGGCAGGGAGAACAGAAUGCACCAAGUUAUCACCACAGAAAGCCAGAGGUAGACUGUGCCAUCUGGAGAACCCUGCCUAGCUGAAGAUGUCAACUUAAGACAUUUUCAUCAUCUGCUCCCUAAAACUAUCAGCGCAUCCUGGCAAGGAGCUCUUCAGUAAUUAAUGGAACUGUUUCUCCUGUCUGUUGGCGCAAUUGUGAAUAAUUUUUUUAGGCAGGCAUGGAAUUUGCAAGACACUUGACUCUAAAUCGUUUAGGUAUUGCAUUUUUAUUCUAGCACCCAUCCAUCCCUCUACCCUCUGUUUACCCUCACAACAACCCUAGCUGAUGAUUGGGCUGAGAGAGGGUAUGACUGGCUCAAGACCACCCAAUGAAUUUCAUGGAACACUGAGGGAUUUGAACAAGUGUAUCCUUGCUAUGCCUUUAGAAAAGAGCAAAUUCUGGAGAUCAACUAGCAUUAGAUGGAGAGUUAUUUUCCAUACUGUUCCAAAUCCCAUUCUGCAUUGCCUAGUGCUGUGGUACACACUCAGGAGAAACAGGCCUUAUGCACGUACUUCUUCCAGGUCUUAGGAUGUAAGAGAGCAGAGCAGAGUCAGGUUCAAGCUCGUGUCUAAGGGAAGGGAUUUUAGGUCUGGUGCGUGCUACAGUUAUGAGGUUGGACAGAGGUCCUGGGUUCUCUGUUCAGGAUUCAAAGAUUAGUAGGUUCUUAGCAGGCUGGAAGAGAAACUAGGAAGUAGCAUACUUAAGUUCACCUCCUGAUGCUCAUUUAAUUUUUCUUACGCCAGGUAAAUCCUAACAGCAUUGCUGCCAAGGAUGGGCGAAUCCGGGAAGGAGAUCGCAUAAUCCAGGUGAAUCCUGUGGGCGACUGUGGUGGGUGUUAAGAGGGAUAAUUUAAUGCACAAAUUUAAACUUGCCCUUCUAUACAUUUCCUCCAAUCCUAGAUAAAUGGCAUGGAGGUACAAAACCGGGAGGAGGCUGUAGCAAUUCUCACCCAGGAGGAGCGGACAAAUAUUUCUCUGCUGCUGGCUAGGCCUGAGACUGAGGUGAGAGGUCUUUAGAUGCAUGACAAAGCAGAAGGUGAAUGGAGAAGGGCCAAAGCGAAGUAGCAGAGCACAAGGCUUGCAUGCAGAAGGCACCACGUUCAAUCUUUGGCAUGUUCAGGUAGGGCAAGGAGAGACUGGGGCAAGUUAUCUGGGUCUGUGUAAGGCAGCCUCCUCUGGUCCCAGGAUCAAACCUCAGCUGUUGAAACCUGUCACGUAAGAAAGAAACUUGCAGCUGUUUAAUGUGUUUCAGGGAACAGGUGCAUUUGAGUGUCUCUUUGCUUGCUUGUUAUGGAGCUGCAUGGAAGUAGGCUGUCUCCUGCCAAUGUCCCUUGCAGUCCGGGGGGUGGAGAGAAAGGCUCAAAGGGACUGGCGUAUUUAUUGUUUGCCUUGUCUGAUGCUGAGAAGGAGUGUGAGCUGCUGGUGAGCCUUGCCUACUCUUAUUUAGGGGUGCUUGUGAAAUCCUCCCUAUCUGAAUUUCUCACUCUUGAUUUUAAAAUUAUGAAUAAGCUGCCCUUGUUUCCAGAGCAGCAGUGAUGCAUUAGCAACCCAUUCUUCUUCUUUUGAGAGCCAGUGUGGUGUAGUGGUUAAGAGCGGUAGUCUCGUAAUCUGGGGAACCGGGUUCGCGUCUCCGCUCCUCCACAUGCAGCUGCUGGGUGACCUUGGGCCAGUCACACUUCUUUGAAGUCUCUCAGCCCCACUCACCUCAUGGAGUGUUUGUUGUGGGGGAGGAAGGGAAAGGAGAAUGUUAGCCGCUUUGAGACUCCUGAAGGGGAGUGAAAGGCGGGAUAUCAAAUCCAAACUCUUCUUCUUCUUGUUCUUCUUCUAACACACACACGCUAUAUCUGGACUUGGGUCAUAUGCCUAUAUGUCCACAGUUGGCUGCAGUUUUAGUUGCUUUCUCCCUUUUACAACUGCACGUUGGUUUUAAAUCACAGCACAAAAUUAUCCUUGUGCAAUCAAAUCAGGAUUCAUUUUUGUACUGAUUUAUAUUAAUAGUGUACUUAGGUGCUGGUCCAUGUUGGCAGUUCUGUGGAGAUAUGCAUUGAAAACUGUGGCAAACUGAUCAUGUGCCAAUUCCAAACAUAAUUAUCAUUUUAUAAUUUUUUAAAAAUUAAAGCAGAAAGCAAGUAGGCAGAGCCAGACUAAGGACAGAGGCAACCCAGGUAAUAAUAUUGGAAUAUAUAUAUUGGGAGCUGCUGCUCUCCUCUAGCAGGCAAAAGUGGAUGCCUACAGAAUAAUCAAGCCAUGUCUGAUUUCAAACAGCCAGGUGCUUCGGCUGUCAGCCAGGACAGGGAUGGAUUGACAUUUAUGCAGCAGCGGCAGCUCCUCCUCAGCAAGUCAGUUUCCAUAAGCCCCCAAGCCCCUGCCCUGGUGAAAGAAGGUGGGCUUUCUUUAUAUCUCAUUUACUUUGUAUUACUCAAGCCUAUAUUUAAAACUUCAACCUGAGGAUGGAGCAACAUGUUGCAAGGCAAACACGUAGGAUCCUGAACCUUGUUCGUUAGCCUUGUGAAUUAGUGGGUGAAGGAUAGUUUCAGCGGCCACUCUUUCCCCCUGCCCAUUCCCCCCCCCCCAGGCAUUUUGGGUGGUAUCCAACUGCCAUGUCCCAUCAGGGCAAGGAUUUCUGCUUCUACAACCCGCCCAACCCCUGUGCACACCCCUCCCGAAAUCUGCUCCAAAGGGUUGGGGGAACUCCUAGAACAGAUUUGGGGGGGCUUGAGGGAAGAAGGGGAUCAUUUCCCACAGUGCAAGCGGAAAUCCUUGUGCCGAUGAAAUGAGGCACUUGCCAUUACAUUUAAUUCCACCCUUCAUUUAUAUUUUUAUCCAGGCUUUCCACCAGGGAUGGACUUUGGACAUUUUUGGUGUUAUGGCACCCUGAAUUUGGCAGUCCCAGAUCACUUUCUCAGUUAGGGAACUUCUCAAUUUAUACGAUCUGAAGAGAAACCAGAGUAUAUCUUCUCAAUUUUGUGUCCCCUUGGUUCAGUGCCCUGUGGGACGGAACCGCCCGCACCGCCCUAAAUCUGGUGUUGCUUCCACCAAGGAGCUCAGAGCAAGAUAUGUACCGUAUUUUUCGCCCUAUAGGACACACCGGCCCAUAGGACGCACCUAGUUUUCAGGGGGGGAAAUCAAGGAAAAAAAUAUGAUUUCCCCCCCGCAGCUCUGGGAGCAGUGGACAGGCUUCACGCAGCCUGUGCGCUACUCCAAGACCUUCUCCCUGCUUUGGCGGAAGGUGGUGGAAAUCCCCCACCUCCCGCAAAAGCUCACAGGAGCCCCGCGUGACUCCUGCGGGCUUUUCGACCAGGAGGGAGAAGGGACUGAAACGGCCAGUCAGUCCCUCCUCCCUUCUCGGGGGAAAGCCCCCAAGAGCUGUGCGCUCUUUAAAGGGUGUGCGGCUCCUGCGGGCUUUUCUAGGAGGUGGGGGAAUUCCCCCCUCCUCGUAGAAAAGCCAGCAGAAGCCGCGGAGCCCCUUUAAAGAGCGUGAGGCUUUUGCGGGAGGUGGGGGAAUUCCCCCAUCUCCCCCAAAAGCCCGCAGGAGGGAGAAGGGACUGACUCUGCCAGUCAGUCCCUUCUCCCUCCUUGGGCAAAGCCCCCAAGAGCCGCUCGCUCUUUAAAGGGUGUGCGGCUCCUGCGGGCUUUUCGAGGAGGUGGGGGAAUUCCCCCACCUCCUAGAAAAGCCCGCAGAAGAUGCGGAGCCCCUUUAAAGAGCGCAUGGCUUUUGCCUGCUUUUGCGGGAGGUGGGGGAAUUCCCCCAUCUCCCGCAAAAGCCCGCAAGGAGGGAGAAGGGACUGACUGGCCGAGUCAGUCCCUUCUCCCUCCUUGGGAAAAGCCCCCAAGAGCCGCUCGCUCUUUAGAGGUGCGUGGCUCCUGCGGGCUUUUCUAGGAGGUGGGGAAUCCCCCUCGUAGAAAAGCCAGCAGAAGCCGCGGAGCCCUUUAAAGAGCGCGCGGCUUUUGCGGGAGAUGGGGGAAUUCCCCCAUCUCCCGCAAAAGCCCAAAGGAGGGUUGGAGAGUAGCGGGAAGGCGUCGCGCACCUUCCUGCUGCCCCCCAUCCUCUGGGGCUGGCAAUGGGGGAAGCGCUGCUUUCCCCACUGCCAGCCUCGAAGUCAGGUUGGAGAGUAGCGGCAAGGCAUCGCACGCCUUCCCGCUGCCCCCAUCCUCUGGGCUGCCGAUGGGGAAGCGCUGCUGUCCCCACUGCCAGCCUCGAAGUCAGGUUGGAGAGUAGCGGCAAGGCAUCGCAUGCCUUCCCGCUGCCCCCCAUCCUCUGGGGCUGCCGAUGGGGGAAGCGCUGCUUUCCCCACUGCCAGCCUCGAAGUCAGGUUGGAGAGUAGCGGCAAGGCAUCGCACGCCUUCCCGCUGCCCCCCAUCCUCUGGGGCUGGCGAUGGGGGAAGCGCUGCUUUCCCCCACCACCAGCCUCAAAGAGCAGACUCUCCUGGCUUCAGCAGAAGCAACGCGAAGCCUCCGGAGCGCAGGCUUCGGAGGCUUUGCGUUGCUAUCGCUGAAGCCAAGGAGUCUGCAUUCGCCCCAUAAGACGCACACACAUUUCCCCUUCAUUUUUGGAGGGGAAAAAGUACGUCUUAUAGGGCGAAAAAUACGGUAUAUGGCUCUUUCCCCCCACCCGCCUCCAUUUUGCAAUUGCAACAACUCUGGAUGGUAGGUUAGGCUGAGAGCCAGGGGCUGGCCCAGGGAUUUGAAUGUGGAUCUCAUUGAUUCCAGAGUUACCCAAAAAACGCACGCUUUGUAAAACGCAUUUGAUUUCAUUCCCUUACUGACAUAUUGCACUUGUUUUGGAAAGAAAAAGUUCAUAGUGUGUGAAUUUGAUGCAAGGACACUUGGUUGGGGCUCAUUGAAGCCAGGCUGGGGAUAGGGAACCUGGGGCCCUCCAUAGGUUGCUGGCCUACAUCUCCCAUCAUCCCUGACCAUUGGCCCUGCUGGCUGGGGCUGAUGGGUGUUCAACAACAUCUGGAGGGCAACCAAGUCUCCAGUCCCGGGCGAGACAGUGGAAUUCUGAGCCAUGUUCACUGUUAUUCUCUUCAUCCUUCCAGUUGUCCAAGCGUUGGAAGGACAGUGACCGUGAGGAUUUCCUGGAUGACUUUGGCUCUGAACACGAAGCCGGAACAAAGCCCCGGCGGCUCCUUUCUCCACCAGACCAGCAGGUGUGUGGUCUAGAACGGGAAGUGGCGGGUAGUCAGCAGUUUGCUCUGAAAAGCAGUCGGGGUGGAGAACCAAGAGUUCUCUCCUGGGAAACUUUCUGGGGACCAGAGGCAAAAGCAGAUGGAGCAACGGAUGAGACUUUCAUCUUUGUAGAGAAGGCUAAACUCCAAACCCAUGAAAGCCAGAGGUUUCUAUACAUCCCCCACAAAACUCCCCAACCUCCAUCCAGGCAGGCAAGAGGCAUCAUCACCCCUCAAAGAGAUUUCCCAGCCUGGAAAAGGCACUAAAGGAGGGUUCAGAGCAGGGCCAGGGAGAGGGGUGUGGCCUGAGGAGAGUCCCUAGGGGAGAAUAGAGAGGAGGCCUGGGGCACCAGAUCUAGCUUCUAGGCAUGCAGUUCCCCUCCCCCACACUAGGACAUUGUAUGUGUUGCAGGAUUUUGAGACACAAGAAGCAGCAAAGGGUUAACUCUGGGGUACAUUGUAUUACUUGAUAGGGAGUGACUUGUGGUGGGAUCAUGUACAGAUAUAAUGUCUAGAAAAGAAAUUCAUCAUGUGCAUUAAAGGAUAAGCUCACUUUCAACCGAUGGGGAAGGUGCUCUAGGCAGAGUCAGACCUUUGGUCCACCUAGUUCACGAUUGUGAUGGGGAAGCUGCCCGUCAGACGCAAAGCACACCAUAUCCCGUGGAGCUACAGCCCCGACUGCUGCAAAUCCCAGCUGCCUCAACCUGGAAUGGUCAUGGGGGUGCUUAGCUUGGCCGCCAAACUUUCAUUUCAAAGGUUUGCAAUAUGACGCGACGCCUUUACUUCUUUAUUUCUCUAUGCCUCAGCUUAAGCAUUACUGCAUAGGUCAAGAUCUACCUUCAUGUUGCUGGAUGAACUGCAGUAGACGAGCAGCAAUUUCUAACUCCAGGUUGUUUAGCAAUGACUUCAAUGAAAGGCUGCCCUGUCCCUGACUCACAGACACUUGAUUAGGUUAGGAUCCCUGCUGUGUUACAACUUAUACAGUGGCCACCCCAGUGUAUAAUAGGGUGUAUUAGAGUGCAGGAGGGAAUGGGCUUCACACACAUACCCCUCAGGCAGCAUUUUGUCCUUGACUCCAUCCCCUGCCAUAAUUGCACUAGUGGAAAGCAAUGCAGAUUUUAUAAACCCCAAGUCUUCUGAUGCCUGCACUCAAGUAAGCCGCUGAAGGGGAGAAAUGCUGCUAUUAUCACCUGGGAAGCAAUAGGCUUUGACUGGCACAAUAAGAGGAUGACUCUCUCCCUACCUUUCUGUAGCCAUUUACAGGUUGAUAAAGGGAGUUUAGAAGAACCUCUGUGCCUGUCUUUUCAGCUUACAUGGGUGUUAGUCUUGAAGUGCAGCUGGGCUCUCAGUUUUCACCCAGUUCAAAACCCUGCGCCUAUAGAAGCUUCCUUGCCAAUCAGGGGUCUGUCUAUGAGUCACACAAAGGUGUCAUUUAGGAAAUUCUGGGCCAGAAGCCUGGCAUAAGGUGGUGUUCAUGCUUUUUUCUCUGAAUGGUCCCCUCUCCUUCCUUCUCCAUAGAACGAACCCUUACAAGAAAAGCCUCCUGGAGACCCGGCCACUCCUCUGACCAACAGCCAGGAGCUGGACAGUGGUGUUGGCCGCACAGAUGAAAGCACUCGCAACGAGGAGAGCUCUGAACAUGACCUCCUGGGAGACGAAGCACCUAGUGCUGCCAACACCCCGGGAACCCUGCGCAAAUUUGGGCCUAGCCUGCAGCCCCGCGACUUCCACUACAGCAUGGACUCUCUGCUGGCAGGGGAGCCACCUAGCGCCGUGGGCACCGACAUGAUGCCGGGGCUUACGGACGAAGAGUACGAGCGCUACCGCGAGCUGCUGGAGCUAAAGUGCCACCUGGAGAACGGCAACGAGCCGGGCCUGGUGAGCGCUGCGCUGGACGUCAACCGCAACGAGGUGGCCCUCCUGGAGGAGGAGCUCCGCCACCUGGAGUUCAAGUGCCGCAACAUCCUGCGAGCCCAGAAGAUGCAGCAGCUGCGCGAGCGCUGCAUGAAGGCCUGGCUGCUGGAGGAGGAAGGGCUCUACACCUUGGAAGGUGAACCGAAGAAACACGAGUUGUCUGACAUCACCGAGCUGCCGGAGCGCUCCGAUAAGGACAGCACCAGUGCCUACAACACCGGGGAGAGUUGCCGAAGCACCCCCUUGCUGGAGAGCCCCCUGCGCCGCCUGGCAGAGCCCCCCAACCUCAACCGGACUGCCCCACCUUCACCGCCCCAGCCCAAAUUCCGGCGUGAAGAGCGGGUGCGGCGCAGCCCCAAGGCAGGUGGGGAAGGCAGCCCGUACUUGGGGCGGCGGCAGCGGGAGGAGCCGCCCGCUCCUAUCAGCCCAAUGAGCUUAGCCAGCAUAUGCAAGGACUCUCUAGGGGGCAAAGGAGAGCCCCGCAUGGAGUGGAAAGUGAAGGUGCGCAGCGAUGGCACGCGCUACGUGGCCAAGAGGCCAGUGAGGGACCGGCUGCUCAAAGCCAGGGCCAUGAAGAUCCGCGAGGAGCGCAGCGGCAUGACGACGGACGACGACGCCGUCAGCGAGAUGAAGAUGGGGCGGUACUGGAGCAAGGAGGAGCGGAAGCAGCACCUGAUCCGCGCCCGGGAGCAGCGGAAGCGCCGCGAGUUCAUGAUGCAGAGCCGGCUGGACUGCUUGAGGGAGCGCGAAGGCAGCGAAGCCCGGGGAGUGUCUGGCGAGGUCAACAUCCUGGCCCUGAGUCACCGCAAAACCAUGAAGAAACGGAGCCGGCGCAUCCUGGACAACUGGAUCACCAUCCAGGAGAUGCUGGCGCAUGGCACUCGCUCAGCAGAUGGGCGCAGGGUUUACAACCCACUGCUGUCCGUCACCACGGUUUGAGCGCAUUGGAAGGAGCAACAGAAGGAGUUGCGGUGAUGUUCUCCUUCCCUCCAGCUUUGCUGGAGAAAGACGACUAGAUGGGCCAAUCCUUUCCUCUGUUAUCAGGAAGCUUGCUCUUUGAACACACCAAGGAAUCGCUCGCCGUUUGCUGCCAGAGCUCCAUUGGGCUCUUUGAACCAAAUUUCAUGGGGGACAGGAAGCCCAGAGUCCCUUGCAGCCUUAAGAACCAGAGGGCAAGAGGGGCCACAGCCCCAAUCCUGCAUCCACCAGGAGCUUGCUGCGGAGAGGUCUGUCCCCAUCCCGACGCAGAUUACCUGUAUGGAAGGUGAUUGUGCAGGGAAGCUCACUCACCUGACCCUUACUGAGAGCUUUUGCCAGCUUAUCCCCAGCACAUCACAUUUGGAAGCACAAGGAUUCAGCUGUGUUCCUCUCUGUGCAGUAUGCGGAGCACAAGGAAAGUGAGGAGGCUCACCCCCUCCGUACUGGCCAAGGCCAAUGACGGCACUCCUCAUCCCCUCCCCUUGGGAUAUUGUGACAUCUUUCUUUCCUCUUUUUCUUUCUCUCUCUCUCUUUUCUCUUUUGUGGUCGUGGAUCUCAAUUCCUUUUUCAUUUCUCUAUUUAAAUGGAAGCUUGGGCCCUGGCGGCUCAUCCCACAAGCAACUGACAGUCCUCUUCCUGCAUUUUCUGUCACCUGCUUACCCCGCCCCACCUGCCCCACGGAGAGGGGCUCUAGCUUAGUGGGGGGAGGGGGGAGAGACUGUGGAGCAGAGAGCUUGUGGUAAAACCCUGUAUCCAAGGCUGAACUUGCAUUGUUACAAUAAAAAGAAAACUUUUUACUCAUUGCAAAAAACCGUAAAAAA